CGGCAGGUCGUGAUUGGACAUCCGACAACUAAGGUGUAACCAUGACAACAGGCUAAACUAGCUAGUUAUUGUGCGAUAAUCGCUUAGUAUUGUGCAGUUAAAAAGCGAUUCAGUCAACAAACUGCGCACAUGCUGCACAUAAUAACCGAUAUAUCUGCACAUAUCGUAAACACUUCUUUUUCUGCAUCCGCAUCGCAGAGGAUAAGGGAAUCCCAGCCUUUUUCCUUUUUGACACCGCCGGGCUUCUGUACUCUUUUGAGACAAUCGCUGGUAGCAAACCAACGAUAACCCUCAGCCCCUUUGCGAACAGGUGAAAGUAUCCUCAGACAGUUUUCAUUUUGCCUUCUCAUGAUGGCAUCGUCUGCAAUGAUCACAGUCCCCACCACAGCAUCCCGCUUUGCUCUGCUACAGAUAGAUUCAGAUUCGGAUUCGGACACCUCCGAGUCGGGCAAGGCUACCACCAAAACUGGACGGGACUCCUCUGGGAAGCCCCGACAAGGAAAAGCAGGUGCAGCCGGAGGGAAAGCUGCUCAGGGCAAUGACAAGAAGAAAGACAAGAAGAAGAAGAAGAAAGAGCAGCAGCAGAGUGAGGCAAAUGAGUUGCGUAAUCUGGCCUUCAAAAAGAUUCCUCAGAAAUCUUCUGCCCCUUCUCCCUGUAUGACGCUGUCAGGAAUAGCCGGUGAACUUCUCAAUCCUACGUCGGUGGACCAGGAUACACCGUCGGAGGGUUGGCAGCAGUGGAAGCAGAGAGACGAGCAGAUAACCACAGAACUAUAUGAGGCAGACUUGGAAAAGGCCUUGAUUUUAAGUAAACUGGAGUAUGAACAACAGAAGCAGAGCAACACAAACACGUCCUCGCCAAAGUCACGGUCAGGAAAAGAAGGUGGAGGCAAGAAGGACAAAAAGAAGAAUCAGCAGGCAAAAGACAAAAAGACAGUUUCUCUGCAAGACUUCCAGGCUGAAAGCAGUGCAGAAAAUUUAAGUAGAAAACAAGAGAAAGAGGACUCCAGAACGGCUAAUUUAGCACUGGGAGUCGGGCAGGACGAACGUUUUUUUAAUAAGUUGGAAGAUGAUGUCAGUCGGAUAAUCCAACGGGAGAAAAGACGCGAGCAGUAUACGAACAGCCAGGGACAAGAAGUCAGCACGUCAACAGAACACGAACCAGACCCCAGAGCGGAGCAGCUGAAGUAUGAGCUGGAGAAGAAAGAUCAGGAAAUUGAUAAGCUGAAAAAAAACAUUUCACAGUGGGAGGUAAAAUACAAAGAGGUGAAAGCAAGAAAUGCUCAGCUGCUGAAGAUGCUGCAGCAGGGAGAGAUGAAAGACAAAGCAGAAAUUCUUCUACAGGUAGAGGAGCUACUGCAUAUUAAAGAAGAGCUGUCUUCACAGGUAACAUUAUUGCACGCUGCCCUCGAACAAGAGAGAUCUAAAGUAAAAGGACUGCAGUCAGAACAACCAAAGCACCAGGGAAACAAGAAAGGGAAGAAGGGCUCAGAGGCAGAUCUAUGAAGGUUUCAGAAGGAAAAUGCCUGAAAACAAAAUGAAAUAAACAAAUGAAGAAAGCCCUGAAGAAUAUUCCCACUAUUGAUCAAAAUCAGGGGUUUUUUUUGUUUGUUGUUGUUGUUGUUAAAUCUUAGACUCCUGGUCAGGCUGUUUUGCAUGCCCUCCCUAAACACACACACACACACACACACACUAACAGAAAAAGCUAGAUUUGGCACGAUAUGUUACACAAUUAAAUAAGAUUUACAAGAGGCUUUCUGAAAUAGCGACAAACGUUCUAAGCUUGUGUUAAAGUAGCUGCUUGGCACAUCGUGCUGCCCUCUUCAGGCCUUAGAGUGCCUCUGGAUCUCCUGUACUGUUGAAGGCUCUGUGCCUGAUCUUUAAAGGUUUUGUUGCCAAAAUGACAGGUGUGUAAUGCAAAGUUGUUUUGUUUCUUUAUUU